CGUUGAUCAGAGGAGGCUGUAAACAUACUCUACUACACCGUUCCACAGCUACUGCAGUGUUCUGUUACAGCAGAUAAAACAAUGGAUCCAGACUAUUUCAAAUCUUACGACAUGUGCUGGGGAACCCUUGGAACGGUGCGACCGUUCGCCAAUUUCCACCCUGACAGAGAUGUGAUGGAGGUCCAAGCCGCACUUCAGAAGAAAGAUGCCACGACGCUGGUGAGAAUCCUCACCAAUCGCAGCAGCACUCAGAGACAAGUGAUCGCCAACACCUUUGAGGAGCUGACGCAGAAGGACCUGACAGCUGGUUUGAAGAAAGCUCUGGCUGGAGAUCUGGAGCUCCUAAUGCUGGAACUGCUGAUGCAUCCAGUGCAUUUUUGGGCUUAUCGCCUCCAGCAGGCCAUGGUGGGUUUAGGCACAGAUGAGGAGACACUCAUGGAAAUUCUGUGCACACGAUCAGGAAAGCAGCUUCAAGAAAUCCGUGGGGCUUACACUCAAUUGUAUAAGAAGGACCUGGAGAAGGAGCUGAAAGGAGAAACCAGUGGCGACUUUGAGAAGCUCGUUGUCGCUGUGUUAAAUAAAGAAACCAUUGCUGGUGCUGUUCAGAGAGAUACCGAGUAUCUCUCUGCAUCACUGCGAGCGAAAAAAGCUGACCCAGCACCAUGGAUCACCAUACUGACCUCCAGAGACGUGAACCAUCUCGACAAAGUGUUGAUGGGACUGGAGCUGGAGAGUGGACAGCUAGCGGAGGAGCUGGUGGAGAAGCGAUUCACAGGAGACUUGCGAUUGGGUUUGAAAGUUUUAGUGCAGUGCAUUCAAAACCCUUACACCUACCUCGCUAAAAGGCUAACAACCAUGAAGGGGCCACUGGUGCAGGGGAUUCUGAUUUCUCACUCCGAGGAAGAUCUGCUGUGUGUCCGAGCUGCCUUCCUCAAAUUAACAGGCACUUCUCUCUACACGACUCUGCAGAAACAUUUCAAGGGAGAUUAUCUUCAGGCUGUGAUGGCCAUCUGUCGAUCUGAAGAUUAAAACAAAAACUGCACAUUUUGAGUGGUUCCACUUUUUAUUCAUUUUAUAUAGUUUUCCUCCCUGUAUGAGUCAAUGGUGGUACAAAAAUAAACGUUUUGUUGUGGUGCUUUUCA